UCGUCUCUUUGUUAAUCCGCCAUUGUGUUUCUAAGACGCUAAGCGUGUUUUCUCACGUAACAUCGUCUUUACUUGAAGUCUUUACAGAAUUGAAUCAUUUCAAGAUUUCCGUCAGCAAAUCUGAUCCAUGACUAAGAAAACAUCGUAUUGGCAAAGUGGCCUUGACGAUCGUUCACCUUUCUCCAUCAUCAGUGAUCAGCAUCGUAUCUACGAACUUGUCAAAGUCAGCUGUUCCUAGCAUAAGAUACGUCUCUGUAAUGUGUAUUUAGUAUGUCGUCGUCUCACACACGCGCAAGAGUAUAGCAAUGCAGAUGAAAAAUAAAAACGUCGUAAUUAUUUUGGACUCGAUAUAAUGCUGUCCAAAAGCUUCCUCGGAUAGAUAUUCUUUUUCAAGGGUUUUGUAAUUUCUCAAUCGAAGAGCCAUUUUUGCGAAAUCAACAGAGAUGGAGAAGCAAAGAUCAAGACAGAAAAAAAGAAGGGAUCGUAUUAGAUCAGCUGCCUUAGAGAGGCAGACUCCAGAUCCCCGAACAUGUGAAGAAUUUGAGUGCCUAUUAGGAGAAUCACCCACAAAUUACCCUAAGGGUGAAGGAAUUGAAAAUAUGGAAAGUGAAUUACAUUCAGCUGCUAUUGACACAGGUGUCUAUGAGAAGGAAAGUACUGAAAUUUUAAUUAAUACAGCUGAAGAAGAAAUGGGUACCUCAUCACGACCACAGGUGCAACAAACUGUAUCGGUCGAUGAAGUAGAUACAAUUGUUCCCACUGCAUCAGCUCCAGCUGAAGAAGAAAUAGAACAAACAUUAGAAGAUACUCGAAUUAAUAUCUCCUCAAUGCAAAUAAUGGCAUCUGCUCCAACUGCUCCUGUACUCAAUGACAUGCCUUGCAUUAUUCCUGUUCCAGCUCCCCAAGUUUUAGAAAAGCAAGAAGCUGAAAAAAGAUCAAUAAAGCAAGUAGAACCUCAAGAAAAAAGUGUAAAUGUUAAUCACAAAACUGUGAAGCCUUUCACCGAAGCUCAACUAGCUGCGUUGUACAGUAAUCAAGAAUUAAAUGUAGUCGAAGCCUUUGUCAAUGAGUUUGUUGAGUUUCAACUUCGUAAUCACGCAGUAAGACAGCAGCACAAACUUUAUGAACUUCUCAUGAACUAUCUUAGAGUGAGGAAUCACUUAACAGUCAAUUCACAUGAACUGGAAAGUCUGAAAAAAGCCUGCAAGGAGACGCAAAAGCAGCUCUGGUGCCUUGACAAAGCCUCCAUAACCGAGACAGGCGAGUGUCAGGAUGGUAAUCCGGUGAGCGCGACGCACGAAUAUUCGAUUGCUCACUUCAAUCAGCAAACUCUCGUCGCUUUAACGCGCAAUCUCUCUGCCAUAAAAGAAUCCUUGCACAAUGUACAAGCGCUUUACUGCUACGAAGCUGAGACUCUACGCCUUCAAAUUGAGCAUUACGUUCAGCGCGUCUGUAUGUCUUGUAAAGAGUUUGCGAAUCUCGCUGCAAACGCUCCCGUGAGUCUUGCAGUGCAUCAGCCGGUCUCUCAUGCAAUGCCUCAGUUGGUCGAGCUGAGGAUGUGUAUAACGAUACUCUUUAAUUUUCAAAGAAGAAUUUUGAAAGAUGGAAAGUUCGUCGGAGACUCGAGAGAGUGGUUGUCCAAACUCGUCGCUGUAUUGUUGAGGGUAGCAACUUGGCAGGAUCAUCUCUUCCUGUUGAGCCACAUACUAAGGUGCCCUGGUGGAGUAGCAAAUUGGGCACGGGGUUACGUUCAAGUCCCCGUACCUAUCAGAACCAGCAGCAGAGUACUGAGUACGUCGCCUCUGAACGAUCCGCACCUCGACCACAUCGUCGCUACAUUGGCCGUUAUUCUGAUGCCCGUUAAGGAGAGAGAAAAGUUUCUCGAGCAGGUGCAAAUAGCGCUACAAGACACAGGAAACACUCAGGGUGACACUGUCUGGGUGAUGCUAGACGAGGAGGGUGAGGAAGAUGAAGACAUCGCUAACAUAGGGGCUAAUCUCUCCGAGAGCGAUCUGAUUUCCCUACUCCACCAAAUUCCCCUCGACAAGCUGUUCGAACAGGCGCUCUAUAUCGAACAAGACAGCAACGAGGACUACAGGCAGGAUCGCAGUUCUAUAACCGAGUACCACAUGCUCAGAAUUUUUGCCUUCUCCACCGUUAUAGUUAGACUGUUGAAGAAGGGACUCAAGACCUACGACUCUCCAAGGUAUCGACAGUUAGCUAAGAGACUGAGUGCUCUUAUACGCGACGUCGUCCAGUACGCCAGCGACUUGUGGGAGUCAUUCGAUAAGAAUCAGGCAACAGAUCCGUCGAUGAUCGUGAGACUUCAGACUGAGUACGACUGUUUCUUCCUGCGAGCAACCUUGUGCAUAUUCUCGUCCCGUCGCCUUGGAGCCUGGCAGUACUUGGCGGCCAUACCAUAUCGUAUCGUUUCGCUGUCUACUCUUUGGCAAAUAUUUGAUAUCUUACAUAUUGACUCUGUACCCAACGACUUACUCAACCCUGACGCCGUAGCAGAAUGGGAGAUUGAGUUAAACUCGCCCACUCUGAGGAAGCAAUUUGAAGAGAAGCUCAGCAACCUGCCUGGAGAUGAAUCUUAUUUUUUACUGACUACUUUUGCCAAUAUGGCUAUGGCUAGAUCUAAUCAAGACUAUGAAUUCGUUCGGGCAACGACCAUCGAUCUUUUCCAGAUUGGAUUUCUUAGUGCGAAGACUCAAGAUUCUUGCUCGAAAGACGCAAGGUCGCUUUUGUCGAACCUUACAAGUAAAUACCCCUCGCUUUUGUCGGAUAUUAUCUCGAAACUCAAAGAUAAUUUUGUAUCCGUUGGCAAGCUGAGUUUAUAUCUUUUCACGGAAUUAAGUAUAACUCGGUGGGUUCCUAAAGACGAAGAUUUUCGAAUUCUCUCUAGCUGGUUGCAUCAAUUCCCACUGUAUUCGACGGAAAGUCAUCUGGCUCGAUUGAUUAUUUCGCACUUGAAUUGGGGAUUUGACAAUUUCGAAAACUUGUAUUUACCGCUUGACCUUCAUCGAAGAGUAGCCUUACUCAUCGUCGAACUGAGCUUAAAAUAUGUUCCUGAAAAUACUCCAGCUCAAACUGCCUCAAUACUGACUGAAGGAGUAAAGCAGGUUUCCUCGAUGGUUCGUCCACAAAGUAACGAGCAAGCAUUCUCGAUAUGGGCCUGGGAUACGCUAUCACGUCUACGGCUGCACCAGCUUGAGCAAUCAGAAGCUGCCUGUCAGUAUGCUAUCUCGAGUCCAGGACAAGCCUUUCAGUGUGUUCCCGAUCUCGACGCCGACGCGAGGCUCGAGGUUCUUGCCACCAGCCUACGCGACAAGCAGCCGAUAGCCUGCUAUGCCGCGACAAGGAUGACUCUCUAUGGACAUUCGGUGCCGCUUGUCUGUACAAAAGGCUUCGAGCUACUGCAGGUGUUGCAAUCGUACUACAAAUAUGAGCAGGUGGUGAUAGGGCUGAGCGAUUUGGUCCCACUGUUUCUCGAGUGUCCAGAGUCGUUGCUGAGGAAUGAAAAGUUUAUGAGCAUAAUUGUGGGAUUGGUCCAAGCGGACAGAACCUACAUGAAGAUGGCAAAAAAUCUCAUUUCGCCGGAUUUCCCUGGUCCCAUACUCAAAAUCUUCGCCAAUAUGAUCGAGUACCAGCUUCAGAGCUCAAGAAGAUUUUGCUUACAAUCUCCCGAUCCCUUGGUCAAGUUAUGGUUGAAUAUCCUCGUUUUGAUACCAGAUUGGAAUCGCGAUCAGAGUAUUAUGUAUUUAAUUGAUACUUUAAUACGAGCUUCGUUUUUCCAUCUGGGUGCAAGGGCAGUUACGGAAAAUAUUUUUCAGAAUCUCUUCUCGUUCGCCUCUGCUGGAAGCAGUGAGAACAUGGCCAACGGCCGCAAUACCGGUUCUGGUUUUGGUUCCUUCUUGAACUGGGCAACAGGUUCAUCCCAAUCUCCAAGUCUUUUGGGUGGUUCUAUCCAGUCGAUUUGGGUGGCUUACCAGAUCCUUCGCACUGAGCAACAUGAACGUGAAAUCAAGACAGGUCUAUGGCGCGAACUAUUGCGCGAACUGGCCCUACAAUCCAAGACUUCGCUCGACGCUGCUCUCAAAAAAGCAUGUGCAACAGUAAAAAUGCAGUCAUUCGGAGCCAACAGCCUGGCGAUUUAUCGAUGGUCCCAGCAGGCACUUGAUACACCUAUGGACCAUCCGCUUCUCCCGCUACUAUGGCAGAACUUUUUCAAUCUGUUUUUGGCGCGAGUUUCUAGUACAACAGGUGCUGUGGAUAAAGGAGGUGUCGGAGAUAAAUUUUUCGAGGGCAUGAUCAAUUUGAGCUACUUGAAAAAAUUGAAAAAGCGACUGCUCGAUACAACAGAGUAUUUUCAAGUGAAAGGAGAAAAGGGCUUGGAUGACGGCAAACCAAUCACCGAUGAACGACGAGUGUUUUACCUCGAGACUGCCAAGUAUUAUAAGACUUUAAGCCUGUGGCUGGAAGAACCUCGUUUACAAGAAGCUGGGCUUUACCUACCCGCCUUUCCUCCACAGUACAUGUCCCAAAAGCUAGUUUUAAUUUUACAAAAUGAUGAGAAUCCGUGGCUGGAGUACGUCGACUACUGGUCAGUAAAGCGCAGUCAGUUACAAGCACUCCAGGAAUGGCAGCGCUGCUGCCGUCGUGAACCAAGCGACAUGUCCGUCAAACCACCUAGUCAAACCCCAACAACGCCGCUGGAGCCAGCCGAUCCACUACAGCGCAUUUUCCGACGGCUCAACAGUUACGAGCAGCCAAUACCUCCGCCUCCACUAAGUCGUCACAACUCUAUCGUUGGUCACGUGCCUCCAGAUGUACUUUAUAAUCCCGAUGCUCUGGUCGAGCUCGUCAAGCCCCACCUAAAAGUAAUCCUAGACUACGCGCAGACCUUCAACCUCAUGGUGUCAGAGCACACGGCUGUCGACUGCAACUUCCUUGAACUCGUUCCAACGCUCUACAAAGAAAUUGAAAACCAUGUUACUCUUCAUGCUCUCUGCGAUCCGGCUCCCGGUGGUCAACGUCGAUCGCGUUCUGGUACACCUCCGAUCGUGCACUGCGCUGGCGCAGCAGUUAUCAGAAUUAAGAUUUCCGAAGCUCGGGUCAGCGAUGGUGUCGAUCAAAUGAUCAGUCAAAAUCGCGCUGAAUACGAGAAUUUGCUAGUCAAGGCUAGUCAGCCACCGCCAAGCAAAGUCACUCAGGGCUGCGCCUUCACCGAUCAUCUUAUUGCAAUGCUGGAGCACGAGCUGAAUAUCAAUCGCACUACCGAGAACUCUGUAAUACUUCGCAAGGUACAGGAGUCCGGUGUAAGGCUCUUCUAUCAUCUGGUGCAGUUCUACACAGAAGAAGCUGCAUUAUGUCCACCUACGAAGCAGCUCAUCACCACGUGCGUCGAGAAGUUGGGCCAGCUGUUCGUGAGCGGGGAGGAAAGUCAAGGUCCGCGAUUGCUGAAUACGAUUAUGGAACGGCCUAAUCUUGGCGGUUUGUUGGGGCCUCACUUUACACCGGUUGCCGGGGGUGCUUCGACCUUCCUCCAGAUGUACCAGACAGUCGUUGAUCUAGCCACUGGUAACAACGUCGAUCUCUGCUUCGUCUUGCUUACCAAGUUCGACGUGGGCAGCUGGCUGAACUACCGUCGUCCGCGUCUGAGCGAGCGUUCGACCUUCAUCGAUCUGGUGAUGCGAGCCUUGUGCAACAUCGGUCUACAACCGGAGGACGAUAGACUGGUUCUGCACGAACUUUUCCGGAACCACUUGCGUUUGGUACUGCUGCACGAUUUCCCGGAGCACUAUGGCGAGGUGCUGAGUGCGGUACUACGUGGCAGCGAAAGCCAAAGCCUCUCCAUGGAUGUCUGGCGGGAUCUGCUUGGUGCGCUUAGCGGAAGACCCAGAAACGCGCCGCCUAUACUGCACAGCGGAAAGGUUCGCGAAGAGAUUAGGCGAUAUGCUACCGAACAGAGAUUACUCUCCCGACAAGAGAUUCACGACACUGCGGUUUUACUGAGUAAGCACUUCAUGAACGAACGACUGCAAUACGGCCUCUACGGAUUGUACCCCAAGUACAGGAUUUACAAUGAACCCCUCACGAUGUUCCUGGGAAUGAUUGGGCAUGCUCUAGUCGUUCUGACUCUGCAGUCUGAUAGAGGAACCUUGGCUGAUCAACUAUGUGAGAAGAUCUGGCCUGUAUUGAGCGACAUGUUCGCUCCAUGGAUAACGCCAUACUGGACGCGAAACCUGCGCGAGCCAACAGCCGCCUGGAUCCAGCAGCUCACAGAUGAUCGCUCGGUCUUACUCCCCUGGAUUAUCACUGACGGUCCUUAUGCUAACCGAACGGUUUCGAUGUUUGUCGAGUGUAUCCGCUUUAUUAUCGAUACCAUGCCCGCAUCCAACAAAGUCUUGAGUUUCCUCUGGCAGUUCUAUGUCUCGAAUUACGCACACGCCUCUAUCAAGGAUCAUGUGCUCAACGUCAUACACGGCAACCUCUUGUCUUUGCCCUGGGAUAGAUUCAACCCUAGCGUCGCCGAUGUUGAGUUCAUGGUCAAGGUGAUAGACCAGUACCUACCCGAUAGCCACCUGUUCCUUGGCAGUGUCUUCACGAGCGUUAACUGGUCGCAAUGGAUGUCAGAGCUGAUGUCGACGCAAGCUUUACCGGUUGCCGGUCGCGUUCACGUCUGUCUCCUUAAUCUUUUGGUAAAACUCUCAAACGAACCGAAUGUUCGACAGAACGAUCGAGCGCUGAAGCUCAUGCAAGAGGCCGAAAAGUUUUCCUGGCAUCUAGUAGAUGCACCGGCCUAUGAUCAGGUUAUCAAUUGGCACGUCAUGAGUUGCGAUCCACGAGUCGUGCUUAGUCUCACUGCCGAUCAGAAUCAUCCCCUCGACAUAGCAGUUAAUAAUUUGCUGAAAGUGGUAGCGGCCUACGAUCCUACUGUGACGCACUUCCACCCGACAACGCUGAAGAAGCGUCAGAUGUACGUGAGAUCGUCUGUUAAAUUGUUGGUCAAUUGUACUACGCGUUACAAGUCUCUCGUUUCGAUAAACAUAAAGGCCUUCACAAAUGCGUUAUCCCGUAUGCUUGACGACAUGGAAGCGAUUAUUACGAACACUGUCUCGGAACCGCAACAGGUGGCAGAGGCGGGUCUACUGGUAACGGAGUUGCUGCAUUCGGUGAAUCAAAGCAACGUACUCGUUGAGCAGUUGCGCACUAGCUGGGCGAACUGGUUGCUACAGCGCUCGGCAUCCAGUCCCAUUCUUUUAGGUAUCCUACGCGUUAUCGGAAUCGCCGUGGCCUCGCCCUCGACCCUCGGCGAGAUCAUGGAAGCAGCUCUUGAUGCCUACUUCAAGCAGACUAUAGUGGAAGACAUAAGGCCAACUUGGGCAGCGGUGCUGACAGUACUUCAGCCUGUUGUACCGCGACAGCCGCCUGUAGAAGGUGUCCUUGUGGCUGAGGGUCGGAUUCUUGCUCUCUACGCAAUCUUCUUGAAACGACUGCCGUCCUGUCGCGACAUUCGGGAGGAAGGUAUGCUCCUCACCAACCUCAUCGAUUGGAUCACUGCCAUUAAGCCUACAGACGCGAUUGAGGAGAAACUUCCUCUCCUGUGGGCUAAAGCGCUCGAGCUGAUCUACCGGCAGUGCCAGUACAGCGAGAGCACGGUGAUAGCUGCUCGAGCGCUCAAAGGAUUAGCCAGAGCCCUGCUGGUUGUAGCUGACGACGCAGGUCAGGGAUGGAACAUCCUCGGGGCCAUCGGCCUAAGAAAAGGUUCCCAGCUCUCUGCGAGGUGCAAGUUUCUGAGCCGAGCACUCGCGGUGUACUGUCUGGCGCAGCUGCCAGAAUCCAAGCCCGCUUCUUCGGAUCAGCAGCAACAAACACAGACCUCCCAGUCGCAAAUAGUGCGCUUUACACCGCACUCGCCGGGAGUCGCGCCUCCACGUGCCACAAGUGAGCCCGGGGACGGUCAGUCGACAACGUUGAACAAUGGAGUGAUGGAGGUGCGCCCCAGCGCCGAAGCUGUCCGGGCAAUGCAGAGUCUUGAAGCACUUUUGGUAAACAAACAAUACGCAGAGCUGCGCUCUGAUAUCGAGCAGUCGAUUAGGAUGAUUCGCGAUUCGGCCAACUCGCUGCACAACGCUGUCGAGGUCUGCGGUGCCCUCGUAUCCGAGAUCUACAGCCAGCGAUACCUGCAUGCUCUGACCGAGUGAGGAUGGCUGCUUAGGUCCUGCUGCGCCAGCAUGAGCUUCGACUUUGAUCACUUUGCCGGGUGAGCGGUUCGCGUUUGUUUUUUUUUUUCUUCUAUUGAGAACGGUUGGAGGUUGAAUCUCCUAGAGUAAAAUGAUUAUUCGUUGUUCAAGAUUAUUAAUAUUGACCAAAUUAAUGUCACAUAUGCAUAGCUAAUACGACUAUAAAUAUAUCCAUUUUGGAUUUGUAAAUUAAAUCGAUAUGUAAAUAGCUGUUAUUAGUCUAAACUUGUAUAAAACGUUAUUGGAAGUGUUUUAUUCGACGAAAUUCGUAUUACGAUUUUAUAAGAGACGUUGAAAUUUAUCGUAUUGUUGACAAAUAAUUUAUUAUUCGUAUAAUAAAGACUUCUAUAAUUUUAGCAAUUUUUUAUAUAUGCCGGGUGAAGUGAUCAAUGAAUUUGCCUACCAAGUCGCUGGACACCACUGUGAUCUUUAAUUUUUUGCUUUGAAUCUAGUUACAAAGUCACCAUUCUCAUGACUCGUUACGUAAUCUAAACGGUAUGUAACAUGCACCUUGAUUUCUUCAAAUUGACAAACUGUAGGCAUUAUGAUUAUUUUUUAUAAAGCAAGAUUGACUAGAGGAUAAAAACCAUUGAUAGUUAUAAUAAAUUUUGUAGUGGAGCUUUACUUCUUUCAACGUUUCUUAUAAACGUUAAAAAAAACGAGAUUUUGUUUUAUAUAAUAUAACGCAUCAAAUGACUAUUCAAAUAUUCGUAGAGCUCCACUUGAAAUUUUCGCAUAUUAGUUAUAGAUAUAAAUAACAGAUUCAUGAUAUAUUAGAUUGUAAGAUAUUUUUUGUUUAUGCUUCGAGCCUUGAAUCAGACUGACAGGGCCGAUCGCACGAUUCGCUCGAAAACACGCCGGCUGUGUCCUAACACAGACUUAAUUGUUUAUUAUAAAAAUAUAUAAUAUGUAUACGUAUAGCGCUCAAUAUAUAAAUAUAAAUAGUAUUUAAAAGGGUUACUACGAAAUUAGACCUUUUUCUGUAUUUACUACGCCAGAAUUAUAAAAUUACACUUUAAAAGUUAUGAAAAAUGA